AUGUUUGCCAAUGAGCUCAGGACUCUCGAUGACUUGAAUGAAAGUGGCUUCAGCACCAACGACAGCGUCUCGAGUGAAGGCGAAGGUUCAGCGGGGGAUGCUAAACAGGUCGCAUUAGGCCAAGCGCACCGGCUACACGUAGUAGUGACCAAGCGUUUAGAAAGGCAAAAAGGGAGGAAGCCAGGCCCAGUACCGUACACAACGGGGCUGCAGCGUCGCAAACGAAGCGAGUUGAUGUAUCUUCGACAGAAAGGAGAGGAGCUGAAUUCGCGGUUGGUUCAGCUACAACAGCUCCGCCACGAUCGUUUGGCGCUUGCAAAUGUUGGAGGAGGAAGUGCGUGGCAGAGUUUAGCUGCGAUAGAGUGCGAAGAGCGGAAGCGAUCGGAGAGGACGAACCGUGAGCUGAAGGCAAUCCUGGAUAAGCAGCAGGAGACGGCCGCUGCCAUUCAAAGUGCUCGGAAAGCAAGGGGUCUUCGAGAACGCGGAUUGGAUUCGCUGCGUCUUGCAACAUGGACAAUUUUUUCGACACAAGAAAAAGAGUCCUAUGCGAUUGCAUGUCGGAGUCAAGACACACGCCACCAAGGUGAUGGUCAUCGUGUUGCCGAGACGAUCACAGCCACACCCUUGAACUGUUCGAUGCAGGACGCCGCGGACAUUUUGUGGCAGUUUGUCAGCAGCGACGUCGACAAAUCUUUCAACUCGAUUCGCAAAAGCAACCCUCAUCCAUUUGAGAUGAAUUGCGUCGCCAACUCUCGUGAGGCACCUCAAAACAUUGACGGGGUUGUUAUCUACCGCCGCUACGACGAAGGCGACCGCAUUUUCGAAGAUAAAGUUUGGACAGUCAUCUCGCCAUCGCCAUCCGACCCACUGCGCUCGUCCGUCGUCCGAGCUCGAUACCAGUUGCAAGCCAAACCCGUUGACGCAGGAUCGGUAUCACCCGCAGAUUUUGCUCAGGCAGAGGACGUCGUCAUGUCCUCGAUCGGCAAAAAGCCGCGCAAUGCGAUGCAAACACUGCAAAAUGCUCUGCUGCAUGAAGUCGACCUAGGGUCGAGUUUCCUACUUUAUAACUAA